GAUCCAGCCACACAUACUCGGUCCCAGAAGCCAGGCUGAAGACCGCUCACCAUUUGCUGUUACCUUCCUGGCGGAGUGUUCACCGGAUUGCCAGACAUGGCCAUCAGAUCCAACUGUCACAAUGUUUACAAGACUGAAAACCAACUUGAGGCUUGCAUGCUGUUAACUGAAGUCUCUGCAGAGCUGGCCGGGAGCCUUUAGACCACAGCUUGCAACUUGGCCAUCUCCACCUCAGGAGGGCCAGCUUCUCUUGAGCAGCUCCAGCCUCUUGUGGCCUCUGCCGACCUCAGAGCUUGCUGCAGAGGGCCCGUGGGGCCCCUGCCUCACACAUCAUGAUGGGGAAACUCCCUCUUGGGGUUGUCUCUCCAUAUGUGAAGAUGAGUUCGGGGGGAUGCUCUGACCCUCUGAAGUUUUAUGCUACCAGCUACUGUACAGCCUAUGGUCGGGAGGAGUUUAAGCCCCGCCUGGGAAGCCAUGUAGGCACAGGCUACAAAUCCAACUAUCGGCCCCUGGUCUCCUACCAACCGCACCUGGACACCCUGGACAAUCCUGCCAUAGGGCAACAAAUCCGAGACACUUCCAAGUCUGUGACCAGUCAGAGCUACUCUCCCCUAGAAGUGCCCGAUGGUAAACAACCCCUGCCCUGGAACCUGCACCAGACAACCUCCAGCUACGGGCGAGAAAAACUCAACCCUGGACCACAUUCCAAGGAGGUCAGGAAGGUCCACUUCGACACCCAGGAUCACGGGCCUCAGACUAUCACAGGACUGGAGCCCAAGGAGGUUCCCCUGAUCCACCAGCAGCAGGGCAAGGGCUCCACGGAGUGGGAGAACUCGCACUAUGGUCCACGCUUCAUGACUUCUGAAUACAAUUCCAAGUAUAUCAAGGAGUCUCCAAACCACCCAGAUCUCUUGCUUAAGAAGACAAUUGGUUCCAAAGAAGAGACUGGCUUCACGGAAGAGUCUACCAAGAAUCCCAUUGUCUUCCAGCCGCCCUCACAGGCCUUUCCUGGGGACCCUGUCCUCCAUCCAGGACGGAGUAUCACCAAGUCAGACUACCUCCCUGUAACUCACCCUCAGGGAAGUGAUUUCCUCCCUGUGCUGUCCAGAGGCUCUGAUCGGGACACUGGAUUCAGCCGAGUGAAUGAAAGGACCUUGAACCCCAGAGUGCCUACUCCAGCCCCACAGUCUGCCAGCAUGAGCCACAGGUCCUACCAGCCUCCCCAGCGGAUGCAACAGACAAAUGUUGCCCUGCUUGGCAGGGAGUCUGUGGGGAACAAGGAGCCCACAGGGUUCACUCUUAACAACCCCAGCUAUGUUCGGAGUUCCUAUGAACAGGACAGAGAUCAGCGGUACCUGACCACCUACAACCAAGGGUACUUCGAGAAUAUCCCCAAGGGGCUGGAUCGAGAAGGCUGGACUCGAGGUGGCAUCCAGCCCCAGAAAGCAGGAGCCUACGCCCUCAGUGAGCUGAAUAACCAUACCCUCAUGGACUCCACCCCAAAUCCCACGGAGACCCUGAGGCACCUGCACCCCCAUGUGGGAAGAACCCUGGCUUCAGUUGACCCCUUCUAUCGAGACAUGCCUCAUAGCAGCCGCUACCCAGCUUCCAGUUGAGUCUGCAGGGUAGGUUUGGCAUGACGGGACAAGCUCCUCCCCCUCCGCUCCCCAAGAUUGCCUCGGUAACUUUACUAAGGAAUUAAAGAACACUGAACCAGCA